AUGGCUCAGCUUCCCGACCCGACCGUCGACCUGGACUGGUCGGGCUAUGUAGGCUCGAUCCAGGAGCACUUCCGCGCCCAGGCCGAGGCCCAUCCCGACCGCACUUGCGUAAUCGAGACCAAGUCGUCGACGACUCCCGAGCGCAGGUUCACCUAUCGCCAAAUCUACGAGGCGUCCAACACCCUGGCCUGGUAUCUGCACAAGGCCGGCAUUACCAAUGGCGACGUCGUUAUGAUCUGGGCCCACCGCUCGGUCGACCUAGUGGUGGCUUUGAUGGGCAUUCUGUCGUCCGGUGCUACCAUGACGGUGCUUGAUCCCGCCUACCCGCCCGCGAGACAGAAGAUCUACCUGGAGGUCUCCCAGCCCCGUGCUCUCCUCCGCAUCGGCCGUGCCACCGACGAGAACGGCCCGCUUGCCCCCAUGGUCCAGAAGUACAUCGAUGAUGAGCUACAGCUCAAGACCGAGGUUCCCGAGCUUCGUCUGCGCGACGACGGCAUCCUGUACGGCGGCGAGGUAGACGGCCAGGACAUCUUCGCCAGCGUCAGACACCUCGCUUCCGCCCCCCCUGAUGUCAUCGUUGGCCCGGAUUCAAAUCCUACACUUUCUUUCACCUCUGGCAGCGAGGGCCGUCCUAAGGGUGUGCUGGGCCGCCACUACAGCCUGGUCAAGUACUUUGGCUGGAUGGCCAAGCGCUUUAACCUCUCGUCCGAGAGCAGGUAUACCCUGUUGUCCGGUAUUGCCCACGACCCCGUGCAGCGCGACAUCUUCACCCCUCUUUACUUGGGUGCUCAGCUCCUUGUACCUUCGCGCGAGGAUAUCCAACACGAGAAGCUCGCUGAGUGGUUCCGUGAGCAUAAGCCUACCGUCACACACCUUACCCCUGCCAUGGGACAGAUUCUUGUUGGCGGUGCCACGGCAGAGUUCCCCGAGCUGGAGCACGUCUUUUUUGUUGGUGAUGUGCUCACCACCAGAGACUGCCGCGCCCUGCGCCGCCUGGCAAUUAAUGCCAACAUCAUCAACAUGUACGGCACCACCGAGACGCAGAGAGCUGUCAGUUACUUCGAGAUCCCGAGCCGUGCUCGGGAUCCCGAUUUCCUUGACAGACUCAAUAGGGACACAAUCCCCGCCGGCAAGGGUAUGGAGAAUGUCCAGUUGUUGGUCGUAAACCGGGACGACCAAAAGACAAUGUGCAAGGUGGGCGAGGUUGGCGAGAUCUUUGUUCGCGCUGCUGGUCUUGCCGAAGGCUACCUUGGCGAUCCUGAGUUGAAUGCGAAGAAGUUCUUGAUGAACUGGUUCGUUGAUAACCAGAAAUGGGUGGAGCAGGACCAGAAGAUCAACAAGAACGAACCCUGGCGCCGCUACUACAAGGGCCCCAGGGACAGACUUUACCGGACCGGCGAUUUGGGUCGUUAUCUUGAAUCGGGCGAUGUCGAGUGCGUCGGUCGCGCUGAUGACCAGGUCAAGAUCCGUGGCUUCCGUAUCGAGCUCAAUGAUAUCGAUAGCAAUCUAAGCCAGAAUCCCUUGAUCCGGGACUGCAAGACUCUCGUCCGGAGAGAUCGCAAUGAGGAGCCCACGCUUGUCAGCUAUAUCGUGCCAGAGACUAGGGAAUGGCAACGCUGGCUCCAGGACCGUGGUCUUGCGGAUGUAGAGGACGAAGGUGUGGAAAUGGGUCCCGUCCGCGUCUUCCUGAAGAAGUACCGCCGGAUGCAGACAGAGGUCCGCGACCAUCUUAAGACCCGUCUGCCUACUUACGCAGUGCCAUCCAUUUACAUCGUCCUCAACAAGCUGCCCCUCAACCCGAACGGCAAGGUCGACAAGCCAAACCUUCCUUUCCCCGAUGUUGCUGAACGUGUCGAGGAUGCCUCCGAGGAGGAUCUCAAGAACUGGGAAUCUCUUACCGAGACCGAGAAGACUGUCGCCCAGAUGUGGGCUGAUCUCAUCCGCGGUCUCAACCCCAAGACCGUCAAAAGGGACAACAGCUUCUUCGAUCUCGGUGGCCACAGUUUGCUUGCUCAGCAGUUCUUGCUCUCUGUCCGCAAGAAGCUGGGCACCGAUGUACCGAUUGGCACCCUUUACGAGCACGCGAGUCUGGCUGGAUUCAGCGCUCAGGUCGACAAGCUCAAGAGCCAUGAUGCUGGCAAGGUUGGCCCCGAGGCUGGUGAGGCUGCUUAUUCCAAGUCCUUGGACGAGCUGCUGCACCAGCUUCCCGCUCAAUACCAGGCGGUUAAUCUGGAUGCUUUCAACUCUGCCGAGAAGCUGACUGUCUUCCUCACGGGUGCCACUGGUUUUCUGGGUUCAUACCUUGUGCGGGAAAUUAUGGAGCGCACAGCGAAGCCCGUCAAGCUUAUUGCUCAUGUUCGUGGCGUUAAGGAGCCGUCGGCAGCAUUCACUCGCCUGCGGCGCUCUCUUCAGGGCUACGGUCUGUGGAAGGAUGAGUGGUCCAGUAGGCUCAGUGCUGUCGUCGGUGACCUGUCCCAGCCCAACCUCGGCAUGGAUGAUGCUACCUGGCAGACGCUUGCCCAGGAGGUCGAUGUGAUCAUUCAUAACGGUGCUACCGUGCACUGGGUCAAGCGCUACCAAGACAUGAUGGCAUCUAAUGUUCUGUCGACCGUUGACGCCAUGAAGCUCUGCAAUGAGGGCAAGCCCAAGGUGUUCUGCUUCGUCAGCUCCACUAGUGUGCUCGAUACCGAUUACUACAUCAAGCUCUCCGAGGAGCAAACAAGGACUGGCCAGGGUGCCGUUCUGGAAGAGGAUGACAUGGAGGGCAGCCGCACUGGUCUCGGCACUGGCUACGGCCAAACCAAGUGGGUGUCUGAGCAGCUGAUCCGCGCUGCCGGUAAGCGGGGUCUUGUCGCCUCAAUCGUCCGCCCUGGCUACAUCCUGGGUGACUCGGAGACUGGUGUCUGUAACGUAGACGACUUCCUGAUCCGCAUGCUUAAAGGCUGCAUCCAGCUCUCUGCCCGCCCGCGCAUCAUCAAUACUGUCAACGCUGUCCCCGUCAAUCACGUCGCUCGCGUUGUCGUCGCUUCGGCGUUCAACCCCAUCUCCCAGGGCGCCAACGUCAUCCAUGUCACGGCUCAUCCCCGUCUGCGCAUGAACGAGUACCUCUCCAUCCUCGAGUACUACGGCUAUCUCACUCCCGAAGUCAGCUACGAUGAGUGGAAGGUCGAGCUCGAGAAGUUCGUGUCGGCCGGCGCGCUCGAGAAAGAUCAAGAGCAGCACGCACUCAUGCCGCUCUACCACUUCUGCAUGAACGACCUGCCGGCGAACACGCGUGCGCCCGAGAUGGAUGAUCGCAACGCGGUCAAGGUUCUCAAGCUGGAUGCCGACCGCUGGACGGGUGUCGAUGAGAGCACUGGUGCGGGUAUCACCAGGGAAGAUGUCGGCCGGUACCUGUCGUACUUGGCUGAGAUCAAGUUUGUUGCCAAGCCGACCGGCAGGGGCAGGCCACUGCCGCAGAUGAAGGCGGAUGUGCUAGCUGCCUUGGCUGUUGGCGGCGCUGGUGGCCGUGCUGCUGCGCCGGGCCAUUAG